AUGACCGCCAUGAAUCUAGGUGACUCGAACCUCAGAUACGUGAACACCAGCAGACCCCAGCUUAUUCAUUCCAAUUCUAAACAGUCUGUAACCGCCUCAGAUGACUAUUAUUCGACCCCUUCGGAAGGCUCGAGCCAUGAGGAGAAGGAGCACGGCGUUAGAUACGAUACACCUCCCACACAUAUGCGUCCCGACACCAAGGACUCCCAGCAAUCAGAGAAGACGCUCCCAACAAUCAGACCGGUGAAAGAGAAGGUUGUUGGCUUCGAUGAGAGGUCUACUGGAGCUGCAACCGAAGGCCUUACAAUCAAACGAAAGCCGGUUUCUUCCUCAUCUUCCGACGGGACUGUGAUACGAAGAUCCAUGAACGACCUCAGCCCUCCGACCCCAGGCGUUGAUGACACUCCCUACAUACAUUUCGCAAUAGACCAGUUAACACGCGAUGAGGAGGUUGUCGGAUCUCGAAGUCACAGCAUCAGUCACAGCAUCAGCGGUGAUGAAGCCUAUCCCACAGAGGGCGACGUGGAGAAACAGCGACAUCAAAGGAGAAUACCGCACCCCCCUCCGAUUCCCCCAUCUAGUGAACCCCGGUCAUCUCCUAUCGAAAAUGUUCUUGUCCCUACGCAACCAGCUAAAGAGACAUUCAGGUACCCAAAGCUCCACUUUGUGCCCGGCCCUCUACAUACGAUAUCUCUGAGUGUUCUCAUCGUUUGCUGCCUUUUGAUGAUGAUUGGGCUCGCAUUCUGUGGGGCGUACCCAUUACACCAUGACGGUCUUUUCGAUUACGAUGGAACGGGUACCAGCCGCUACUUCGUCUUUCAGUAUUUACCCCAAAUUCUUGGCAGCGUCAUCAUCAUAUGGCUUGUAAUCAUUCAGUAUACAUUGCAGCGAGUCUACCCAUUCGUCGCAUUAGCUUCUGGGCCUGCCGCCGGAAGCUCAGAGAUUCUCUACGAUUUCAAACUUUUUCCGACAAAUCUACUGAUACCUAAUUUAUCCUAUGUCGGACGUGGAGGACCUUGGUUAGCCUUGUGGGCGAUCACAUUGUGGCUGGCAAUGUUCACGAUCCCGUUACAGAGCUGCCUAUUUCAGGCGCGAUAUUUUGUGAAAGGACAGAUAUGGAGAUGGACAACCGUGCAACCCAUCGCCUGGAUAUUGUUCGGUAUUUAUUUUUUGCUUAUACUUGGCCUUGCAGCACUAAUGCUUCGCUUCACCAUCGGCGAAACCGGCUUGAAAUGGGACCCGACUUCUCUCGCCGAUUUCCUGGCGAUCUUCCAUCGUGCCAACUUUCUCAACGAUUUUGACAGAUCAGAAAUCGAAGCGUCAGUAGCCAGGCCACCCAAGGACAUCAGGCUUGGAUACUGGAGGAAUUCAAAGCAAGGAGCUGAGACUUUCUAUUGUAUAGGGGAUGAGAAUGCCCCCGUGCGAAGAUACUCUCUUGAACGAGGCAAAAUGAGAUUGAACGAAAAAUCAAUCGACCUGGAGUCUCAGCAUCCGUCAAGUUAUCGGAACGACAUCUUCCGCGGAGAGAUUCACAAUCCAACGCUUCGAUACAGAUGGGUACCGUGGUUCUUGCGAGACACGUUCGUGGUAGCCUGGAUCGUAAUCGCCUUCGUACUUUUGGUCGCCUUCCUAGUCGUCAGCUUCGUCAACAACGCUGCUGAGAUGGGCUUUUUGCCCCAACUACCGUCACCAACAACCCCCUUUGGAUUUUCGCCCGCAGACUUUCUAUACAGCUUCAUCCCAUCACUCCUAGGGAUGAUACUCUUCCUGGUCUGGCAACCUUUCGAUGCCUACUUUCGGGCCCUCCAGCCAUUCGCCAGCUUAUCUGGCAGGGGAGGAAGCUCGGCAGAAAAAUCGUUGCUUCUUGACUACGGCUCCUGUUUGCCGCUUCAAGUGACCUUUCGCGCAUUGGUAGCCGGGCAUUUUCGCGUAGCUUGGAUCUCGUUCGUUAGCCUCAUAUCAAUCACAAUCCCAAUCCUAGCGGGAGGGGUGUUCACUGCGCAAUACAUACCAAAGACGGGACAGGUUGUGACGGCAGCGAGCAAACCCGGAUUUGAGGCUCUAGUGGUCUUUGUGAUCAUUUACGUGCUUUCUUUCCUAGUACUGUUCCCCACGAAGCGGCGACACCUACCUCAUGGAAUCAGUACCCUUGGCGAGCUUGUCAGCUUCUUUUACCAAAGCCCCUUGCUUGCGGAGGAAACAUUCGAGGAACCUAGAAGCAAGAUCGACCUAAUCACCAAGUUAUUAGGUACGCCUCUAGAUGAAAAAAUGAGCUCACGCUAUGCAUUUGGUAUUUACAUGGGCCAAGACGGGAAGGAGCAUCUCGGUAUUGAUCGCUUGGAGAGACCAGGUUACGGAGAGAUGCUUGUCGACUUUCGAUGA